UCCAGCUUGGGCAACAGGAGCAAAACUUCAUCUAAAAAAAAAAAUUACAAUGGACACAACAGAAAUACAAAAGAUCAUUAGAGACAAUUAUGAGCAACUAUACAAUAACAAAAAUGGAAAACCUAAUGGAAAUAUAUACAUUCCUGGACACAUAUAACCUACCAACAUUGAACCAGGAAGAAAUAGAAAACUCAAUGAUACCAAUAACAAGUAAUAAGAUUGAGGCAGUAAUAAAAAACUCUCCCAAUACAGAAAAGCCCAGAACCAGAUUUGCUGCUAAAUUCUAACAAACUUUUAAAGAAGAAAUAACACCGGCUUUGCAGGUGUCGCCACUGGGAGCCCCAUAUUAUCACCCAUGAUCAACCCCACCAUGUUCUUCGACAUCGCCGUCGAUGGUGAGCCCUUGAGGUGUGUCUCCUUUGAGUCUUUUGCAGACAAGUUUCCAAAGACAGCAGAAAACUUUCAUGCUCUGAGCACUGGAGAGAAAGGAUUUGGUUAUAAGAGUUCCUGCUUUCAGAGAAUUAUUCCAGGGUUUAUGUGUCAGGGUGGUGACUUCACAUGCCAUAAUGGCACUGGUAGCAAGUCCAUCUACAGGGAGAAAUUUGAUGAUGAGAACUUCAUCCUAAUGCGUACAGGUCCUGGCAUCUUGUCCAUGGCAAAGGCUGGAUCCAACACAAACAGUUCCCAGUUUUUCAUCUGCACUGCCAAGACUGAGUGGUUGGAUGGCAAGCAUGUGGUCUUCGGCAAGGUGAAAGAAGGCAUUAAAUUUGUGGAGGCCAUGGGGGACUUUGGGUCCUGGAAUGGCAAGACCCGCAAGAAGAUCACCACUGCUGAUUGUGGACCACUCUAAUAAGUUUGACUUGUGUUUUAUCUUUUUGGUGUUGUUUUGUUUUGUUUUGUUUGAGAUGGAGUCUCACCCUGUCACCAGGCUGGAGUACAGUGGUGCAAUCUCGGCUCACUGCAACCUCCAACUCCCUGGUUCAAGAAAUUCUCCUGCCUCAGCCUCCCAAGUAGCUGAGAUUACAGACACACACCACCACACCCAGCUAAUUUUUGUAUUUUUAGUAGCGACGAGGUUUCAUCAUGUUGGCCAGGAUGGUCUUGAUCUCCUGACCUUGUGAUCCACCCACCUUGGCUUCCCAAAGUGCUGUGAUUACAGGCAUGAGCCAUCGUGCCCAGGCAACUUGUGUUGUAUCUUAACCACCAGACCAUUCCUUCUGUAGCUCAAGAGAGCACCCCUCCACCCCAUUUGCUCACAGUAUCCUAUAAUCUUUGUGCUCGUGCUGCAUUUGUCUUUGGGUUCCAUGUUUUCCUUGUUCCCUUCCAUGCCUAGCUGGAUUCCAGAGUUAAGUUUAUGAUUAUGAAAUAAAAAUUAAAUCACACAAAAAAAGAAAUAACACCAACUUUUAUCAAACUAUUCCAAAAAAUUGAAGAGGAAGGAAUUCUUAACUCAUUCUGUGAUGCCAGCAUUACCCUGAUACAAAACUAGACAUAACCAAACAAAAAAUAAAACUACAGGCCAAUAUCCUUGAUGAAAAUAAAUGCAAAAAUCCUUAACAAAAUGCUAGCAAACUGAAUCCAGCAACACAUCAAAAAGAUAAUAUGAUGAUCCAAUGGGAUUUAUCCCAGGGAGGCAAGGAUGGUUUGACAUACACGAAUCAGUAAACAUGAUACAUCAUUUCCAACAGAAUGAAGGACAAAAAUAUGAUCUUCAUAUUAGUCCAUUUUCCCACUGCUAUAAAUAAACCUGAGACUGGGUAAUUUAUAAAGGAAAGAGGUUUAAUUAACUCACUGUUCCACAUGGCUGGGGAAACUUACAUUCAUAGCAGAAGGCAAACGGAAAGCAAGAAGCUCUUCACAUGGCAACAGGAGAGAGAAGUGCAAGCAGGGGAAAUGCCAGACGCUUAUAAAACCAUCAAAUCUCAUGAGAACUCACUAUCAUGAGAACAACAUGGAGGAAUCCACCCCCAUGAUCCAAUCACCUCCCUCUCUCAACACGUGGGGAUUACAAGUCCCUCCCUCAACAUGUGGGGAUUAUAAUUCAAGAUGAGAUUUGGGUGGGGACAUAGAGCCAAAUCAUAUUAAUCUUCUCAAUAGAUGCAGGAAUCACAUUUGCUAAAAUUAAACAUCACUUCAUGAUAAAAACAAAUUUGGCACAGAAGGAACAUAUCUCAGUGUAUUAAAAGCCAUAUAUGACAAACACAGCUAACAUCAUACUGAAGAAGGAAAAGCUUAAAGCCUUUCUUCUAAGAACUGGAACCAAAGUUGCCCACUUUCACCUCUACUAAUCAGUAUAUAGUACUGGAAGUUCUAGCCAGAACAAUCAGGUAACAGAAAUUUUAAAAAGGACUCCAAAUUGGAAAAGAGGAAGUUAAAUUGUCCCUCUUUGCAUAUGAAUUGACCUUAUAUUUUAAAAACCUGAAGACUCCAGCAAAAAGCUCUUAGAACUGAUAAAUGAAUUCAGUAAAGUUAUAGGAUACAAAAUCAACAUUAAAAAGUCAGUGGUGUUUCUAUCCACCAACAAUGAACUAGCUGAAAAAGAAAUCAAGAAAGCAAUCCCAUUUACAAUCACUAUCCCCCCUCCGAAAAUACCUAGGAAUACACACACACACACACACACACACAAACACACACACAUACACACACACAUAUGGAGAUAAAAGACCUCUACAAGGAAAACUAUGGAACACUGAUAAAAGAAAUUGUAGAGGACAAAAAACAAAUGGAAAGACAUCUCAUGCUCAUGGAUUGGAAGAAUUAACAUUGUUAAAAUGACCAUACUACCCAAAACCAUCUGCAGAUUCAAUGCAAUCCCUAUCAAAAUGCCAAUGACACUCUUCACAGAAAUAGAAAAAACAAUCCUAUAAUUCAUAUGGAAACACAAAAGAUCCCAAGUAGCUAAAACAAUACUGAGCAAAGAAACAAAACUGGCCAGGCAUGAUAUCUCAUGCCUGUAAUCCUAACACUUCGAAUGGCUGAGGCAGGAGGAUUGCCUGAGCUGAGGAGUUCAAGACCAGCCUGGCCAACAUAGUAAGACCCUCAUCUCCACACACACACACAAAUUAAAAUUAGUGUGGUGGCAUGCAUCUGUAGUCCCAGCUACUCAGGAGGGUGAGGUGGGAGGAUCAUUUGAACCCAGGAGGUCAAGGCUGCACUGAGCUGUGAUCAUACUACUGCACUCCAGCCUGGGUGACAGAAUGAAACCCUGCCUUUAAAAAAAGAAAAAAAAAGCUGGUGGUAUCACUCUGCUUGACUUCAAAAUAUACUACAAACCUAUAGUAAUUAAAACAGCAGCCAGGCGCAGUGGCUUAUGCCUGUAAUCCCAGCAUUUUGGGAGACCAAGGUGGGCAGAUCACGAGGUCAGGAGAUCAAGACCAUCCUGGCUAACACGGUGAAACCCCAUCUCUAAUAAAAAUACAAAAAAUUAGCCUGGCAUGGUGGCAUGGCCUGUAGUCCCAGCUACUCGGGAGGCUGAGGAAGGAGAAUCACUUGAACCUGGAAGGUGGAGGUUGCGUGGGCCAAGAUCACGCCAGUGCACUCCAGGCUGGGCGACAGAGCAAGAUUCCAUCUCAAAAAAAAAAAACAAAAACAAACCAGCAUGGUACUGGUAUAAAAACAGACAUAUAGACCCAUGAAACAUAAUAGAGAACCUAGAAAUAAUUCCACAUGUUGACAGCCAACUGAUUUUUGACAAAGGUGCCAUGAACAUACAUGGGAAAAAGGAUCCCUCUUCAAUAAAUGGUACUGGGAAAACUGGAUAUCCAUAUGCAGAAGGAUGAAUGUAGGCCCCCUGAUUCUCACUGUGUACAACAAUAAAGAGUUGGAUUAAAGAGUUAAACAUAAGACCUGAAACUAACCAAGUGUGGUGACUCACACCUGUAAUCAGGCAGGAGCAUCACUUCAGCCAAGGAGUUCUAGACUAGCCUAGGCAACAUAGUGAGACCUUGUCUCUGCAAACAAACAACAACAAAAACACCUGAAACUAUAAAACUACUACAAGAAAACAUAGGGCAAAGUCAAAUAGUCUUUUCCUAGACUGAACUCCUGGGCUCACGUCAUCCUCCUGCCUUGGCCUCCCAAUGUUAACCCCACAAGAGAUUGUUUAUACAGCCACAAUUUAUUUAGAUCUAUGUCCGUUUUUACCAUUGUUGCUUUUCAUCCUUUC